AUGUUUAGUGGCACUGACCUCGGGCAGCUGGGCCCCCGGGACAGCAACCAGGGGACUGCGCUGGCCCUGGAUGGCAGCCGGGACCGGUUAAUCCAGGAUCAGAAAAGUCUAAUCAUUUCUCUGUGGUUUUUGGAAUUUCCAAAGAGCACCCAGAUUUUAACCCUCAGUCCUCCGGGUUGUCCGGCUGUAGCCGUGCUGCUGUUGAGCACUGGGCUCAGCUCUGGAAGCUUGGGGGGCCAAGAGCCUCCGGUCCUCCUGCAGAAUUUCAGGUCGCAAGGCUAUUUUCGGCAUGGGGUGUUGCUCUCUGCUGCUUCUGUGUCGCGUGCCCUCGUCCAGGCCUCGUCGUUCGCCCCCUCCAGAAAGUGUACCUUCCGGUUUCCCAGCACGGCCAUCAAGAUCCAGUUCACGUCGCUCUACCACAAAGAAGAGGCCCCGGCCUCCCCGCUCCGGCCGCUGUACCCACAGAUCUCCCCUCUGAAGAUCCACAUCCCGGAGCCGGACCUCCGGAGCAUGGUCAGCCCCGUCCCCUCCCCGACUGGCACCAUCAGCGUCCCCAACUCCUGCCCAGCCAGUCCACGUGGUGCCGGCUCCUCCAGUUACCGCUUUGUGCAGAACGUGACCUCAGACCUGCAGCUGGCAGCAGAGUUUGCAGCAAAGGCCGCGUCAGAGCAGCAGGCAGACACGUCCGGAGGAGACAGCCCCAAGGACGAGUCAAAGCCGCCGUUCUCCUACGCGCAGCUGAUCGUGCAGGCCAUCUCCUCCGCCCAGGACCGGCAGCUGACCCUGAGCGGGAUCUACGCCCACAUCACCAAGCAUUACCCCUACUACCGGACGGCCGACAAAGGCUGGCAGAAUUCUAUCCGACACAACCUCUCUUUGAACCGUUACUUUAUUAAAGUCCCACGUUCCCAGGAGGAGCCUGGGAAGGGGUCUUUUUGGCGAAUAGACCCCGCCUCUGAAGCCAAGCUCGUGGAACAGGCAUUCCGGAAACGGAGGCAGAGGGGCGUCUCCUGCUUCCGCACCCCUUUCGGGCCUCUGUCCUCAAGGAGCGCUCCAGCUUCGCCCACACACCCCGGACUGAUGUCCCCUCGCUCCAGCGGCCUGCAGACCCCAGAGUGCCUGUCUCGGGAGGGCUCCCCCAUUCCACACGACCCUGAGUUUGGGUCCAAGUUAGCUUCUGUCCCAGAGUACCGGUAUUCCCAAAGCGCACCCGGCUCCCCCGUCAGUGCCCAGCCAGUGAUCAUGGCUGUGCCUCCCCGACCGUCCAGCCUCGUGGCCAAGCCCGUGGCCUACAUGCCCGCCUCCAUCGUAACCUCACAGCAGCCCGCGGGCCACGCUAUCCACGUUGUGCAGCAGGCCCCCACCGUCACCAUGGUCAGGGUGGUCACCACGUCCGCCAACUCGGCCAACGGAUACAUCCUCACCAGCCAGGGCUCGGCGGGGGGCUCCCAUGAUGCGGCAGGCGCAGCCGUGCUGGACCUGGGCGGCGAGGCCAGAGGCCUGGAGGAGAAACCCACCAUUGCGUUUGCCACAAUCCCCGCGGCCGGUGGAGUCAUCCAGACAGUGGCCAGCCAGAUGGCCCCCGGGGUCCCCGGACACACAGUCACUAUCCUGCAGCCCGCCACACCUGUGACCCUCGGGCAGCACCACCUUCCAGUCCGGGCCGUCACUCAGAAUGGAAAGCAUGCGGUUCCCACGAACAGUUUAGCUGGCAGCGCUUACGCCCUCACCAGCCCUCUGCAGCUCCUUGCAACCCAAGCGAGUUCGUCCGCGCCAGUGGUGGUCACCCGGGUGUGCGAGGUGGGGCCCAAGGAGCCAGCAGCAGCCGUCGCGGCCACGGCCACCACCACCCCAGCCACUGCCACCACCGCCUCUGCCUCUGCCUCUUCCACUGGAGAGCCCGAGGUCAAAAGGUCCCGGGUGGAGGAGCCCAGUGGGGCUGCAACCACACCGGCUGGAGUGAUCGCCGCCGCUGGCCCCCAGGGGCCAGGCACCGGGGAGUGAGGUCCCCUGCAAUGUGGGGGAGUGGGACUCACCCAGCGGCGACCCCGAAGCUGGACUCGGCAGCUCAGGCGGCCGCACCCACAGACGGAGGAGAACAGCCCAUGGCGGCCCGCGGGCAUCAGCAGCACCUGGACACACCCAGCCCUUUCCAUUUUAUCGCCUGCCCUCCCGUGGUUUAAAACAAAAACACAUAAACAAGUUCAGACAACUGAUUGUAUGAUUCUGGGAAUUCUUUGCUUUCAUUUCCUUCUCCCUUGGCACCACCUCCUCUCCCCAGGCCUCCCUGUUGGGCGUGGGGAGGAGGUUGGAGCUCAGCAUCUCGAGGAAUGUGUCAAGACAGCCCCUCUGCUCCACGCUGCACGGCCAACUGCCUUUGUCCCGGGAGGAGGGACAGAAACGCAGCAAGGCACACACCGAGGCUGCCGGGGAGGCCCGGGUACUGGACGGAUGCCUGUUGGGGAAGCCAGGAGCUGCCUAGCCACGGACUGCCUAACAGCCUCUCUGCCCGGAACGUGACAUAGAAAGUGUUGGCAUUAACUCGGGGGGUGUCCGGUUUCACUUCGGACCCCAAGUUUUUCUUUGUUUAAACUUGGAAUUCAGACUUCAUUGUACACCUGAGGCAAACACAAAAGGGAUCAUGUAUUUUUGAGGAUUUCAUCUGUUGACGGUCUGAUGACUGGCUGUAGGUCUGGGGUUCCCGCUGGGUUUAGUCCCCUCGAAGAGUAAACCUGCCGCUCUGAUAACUUCAAGUAAGAGCAGCGGCUUCCUGGGUUGGCGUUCGCGGUGGAAGCUUCCUAGGAUGCAAGAUCGACCUGGAUCCGCCAGCCGCAGACGUCGCACUGCCGGGGACAGUCGGGGCCACUGCUCUGCAGACCAGACCUUCCCAGAUUCUCCCGUGGCUCCGACGUCCCGGUGCUGACGGCCACAGCGGGACCCAACGGUGCCAAAUGCCAUCUGCUCCAGCUGCUGUUUCACUCAGUUACAGCGUCCGUGCCAC